AUGAACGGUCUAGUUAUCAACUAUGCGCGUAAUAUGACGGGUAUGUCCUCUGAGAAGGAUGGAGCGGAACAUCAAGCCACUGGAGGUCAUAGCGCCACACUGUUUGCGUUUGCUAAAGGCCUCCCUCGCCUUAGCGUUCUACAUCCGCUCUUCCACCGCAAGCACAAGCAAUUUUUCCCAUUGGCGGCGUACGAACGACAGUCGCCGACGCGGUCAGACUCUGUCAAUACUGCACACAACGAUACACGAAUCAUAUUCGCAAAGAUGCGCGAUGUCGAUACCAUCCUUGGUAUCCUAGCUGCUGAUGGCGCUGAGCUCGACUUGCCAUUAGACUUGGUGAACAGCACAGCUAAGGACCUUAGCUAUGACAUCUACAGCGGUUUCUUCUACCUCAACGCGAUCGAUAAGCAACAUGGAGCAACUAUAUCGGCUCGGUGGAGAAAAAAAAGUCGCCAGCGAAGCGCCGAGAACUACUUUGCGCCAAGCGCGAUGCAGCCAUACAUUUUCGAAGAACUAUGGCCUUAUAUCAAUCUGGAAGACUUGUCAGAUGCGAAGUCCCUGCUGGAGUUGAUCAAAGCCCGAGCCCACAACCGCCCUUCCACUUUCGCUACCUCGGAGCUCAGCUUUUCACCAGCAGCUUCACCACGGUCUGGCCCGAAGCAAUGGGCUCUUCCCAGCAUAUCAUUCGCAGACCAGGACCCCGAGGAAAAGGUGUAUAGAACGGAGAUGUAUGGCGCCGUUACGGACCCGACAGAACCCUAA